AUGGAUCUUCCAAAACUUCAAAAUAAGCUUGUUGACGAAAUACUGAAAGUCAACAGGAACGUGAUUCUAGUCAAUCUAUCUGGCACGCCUGUAACUCUCCCUUGGAUAGAUGACGUCCCUGCACUUUUACACGGAUGGUUUAAUGGGAUGGAAUCAGGAAAUGCUAUUGCAGACGUACUAUACGGAGACGCUAAUCCUUCCGGAAAGCUUUCUCUUUCUUGGCCUAGACGUUGUGAAGACAAUCCUUCCUUUUUGAACUUUAAAUCUGACAAUGGUAAAGUUGUCUAUGGCGAAGACGUUUUCGUUGGCUAUAGAUAUUAUGACAAGUUGCAAACGGCCCCUUUGUUCCCAUUUGGAUAUGGUCUUUCCUAUAGCAGCUUUGGAUUCCAGAAUCUGGAAGUGAAAGUUGAUGGCAAGAACGUGAACUGCACUCUUGAAAUUACGAAUAUUGGGAAUGUUGCUGGAAGUGAGGUCGCUCAGUUAUAUGUUUCACCUCCAUCAACAACGACUAUCGUGUCAAGACCUAUAAAGGAGUUCAAAGGUUGCAGUAAAGUAUACAUAAAGCCGCAUGAAACAAUUACUACAACAAUCUCCGUGCCUAUCAAAUAUGCAUGUUCCUACUUUGAUGUUGAAAAGGGAAAAUGGUCCAUUGAGCAAGGUGAGUAUUCGGUGUUUGUUGGAAAUUCGUCGGAUUUAGGGAAUGCUCUCUCAGAGCAUUUCAUCAUUGAGGAACCAGAAGUUUGGAGCGGUUUGUGA